CGAUUGGUAGUUUAUGGGUGUGAUGAACAUUCUGGAGUACAAGAACUGGUUACCGCGCUGCUGGAGGAGCCGUUCGCGCCAGAUAUUCAUAAAGCUGUUAUUCGGAACCGCUGGGAGGCAGGGUCUGAGGGUCUGGAAAGGGUGAUAACGUAUGGGUAUGCUCCGGCAGACCACCCCGCAUCCUUCCGAACUCCUUCGAGUUGGUUGCAGCAAUUCCUCGCGCCGGUCGAGCUUCGCGAACUGCGCAGUGUUCCGCUCUCCCUUGUCACGAACCACGGCGCCGUAACUAAGGCUCUCCUCUCCUCCGACGUUCCUGUCAUUGUGUGCAACCCAGUGACGACUUCGAUUGCCAAGCUUUAUUCCGAACUACCGCUCCUUUUACAGCACGAAAACGCUAUACUCGUCGUAGUAUGCUCUCCAGAGCCAGCCUCUACCUUCGCAGAUGCUGUGCUGAAGCACCUCCCCAGGUCGCUGUCAGUCGUGUUCACGGACCCGUCCCGCGCACUCGGUGCCAUUCGGAUCCUGAAUACCGAGCCUAGGUCAUCCAUCGCGGUGCAACGGUACCAGGACAACUAUGCUGCCUCCGGAAUAUCGAAGUUUACUGCCGCCUUGAUGCAGAAGCUGUCCAUUAUCUCUUCGGGUGGGAUCGGUGCUCUCUACGCGUUAUCUGCGAAGGAGCAGGUCAAGGCAUCCCUGUCUGCUUGUCACGCAACUUUGAAGACUGCAGAAGAGGAAGUCAGCACUACAACGUGCUCUAGCAUCGACCUAAGAUGUAGCGUUGCGGAACUGAAGGAGCGAGUCGAGUCUGAAGUCCUCGGAGUUAAUUCCGCGAAUGAGGUGCAACGCGCCUUGAACCGUGCAAGGGUGGAAGUGAAAACCGUCUUGGAUCAUCUGACAUGGUGGAGAUGUAUUUGGCGAGUUGAUGAUAUUGGGGAGACUGUCAAGACAGCAAUUGACAAAGCGUGGUGUCGUGAACUCGAAGAUAGGGUGAGUGUUGACCAUGCUUUCAACGACUACCCUGUGCUAACUUGA